AUUCUCUUUAGCUCUUGAUGCUUCUUUCUUGUGUGGUUCUGAUUAGAGCAAUAGGAAGCAAUGGACAUUCCCGAAAAAUACAAGAAAUUAUGGGGGGAGUGGGAUAUCCGGGUGUUGAUUUUGAUCAGCCUCUUGAUCCAAGUCAUUCUCAUUUUCCUCGGCCGCCUGAGAAAAACUUCAACUUCGACAUGGAUUCGAAUGUUAGUUUGGAGUAGCUACUUGCUCGCUGAUUGGGUCGCAGAUUACGCCCUCGGCCAACUAAGCAAUAACAUGGAUGAUUCCUCCCCUAGCAACCCAAUCAUCGCCUUUUGGGCUCCCUUCCUCAUCCUCCACCUCGGCGGUCCCGACACCAUCACAGCAUACUCCAUGGAAGAUAAUGAGCUGUGGGCUCGCCAUCUUCUCGGCCUUAGCUAUGAACUCAUCAUUGCUUUCUAUGUCCUCUUGCGCUCCCUCCCCAACACUCAUCUUCUUGUCCCCACCCUCUUGAUAUUCUUAGUAGCCAUCAUAAAAUAUAUGGAGCGCUCCUACUCACUUUAUAGAGCAAGCACUGAAAGCUUUCGCAGCUCCAUCGGCUCCUCUGCCAAACAACUGCCAACAGAUAUUUCUUCAGCCACAUCAAAAAUGGAAGAUUUGAACGCAUUGAAAACAACAUUUGAAUUAUAUUCUUCUUGCAGGCCUUUCUUCGUCGAUGUUAUUCCACGUGUUGAGGUGUAUGAGGCAACUGGAAAUUUGGUCAAGGAAAUGACGACGAAGGAGGUUUUGAAAAUGACAGCCUUGGAGCUUAGUUUCGCUUAUGAUGAGCUUUACACAAAGGCAGUUGUAAAUCAUUCCAGAACUGGGCGCGUUCUUAGAGCUCUUUGCUCCAUUUGCAUUUUGAUGGCUUUCUUGCUAUAUGUAUUGGCACCAAAAGAUAGUUUUGAUAAACUAGACGUGGCCAUCACCUAUGUCCUACUUGGGACCUCUAUAAUCCUCGAUGCCAUGGCUUUUGUCAUGUUAUUAUUCUCAGAUUGGAUGGUGGUAUCUCUCUUAAAUAUCAAAAAGUUAAGCCAUUGGACUGAGCUGCUAGCUUUGCACAUCGUCAAAAUUAAGAGCAUGUGGUUUAAGAGAAGGUAUUGGUCGAGAGAGAUGCCUCAAUUGAAUCUAUUUAGUAAUUGCCUGAAGAUUCUUGCAACAAGAGAAACUCUUCGACGAAGAAUGAUAAACUGGAUUGAAGAAAAGUUGAGCUUAGUGCAAGAGACAAAGUUGUUCUCGAGCUGGACCAGUGGCUUUGAAACUUACACCUUGUGCACGGCAAAACCGAUACAAGCAACUGAAGAGCUUCAGGAGACCAUUGCUACAUUUGCACAAGCACGUCUCCAUAUAUCGUGGGAUAAAUUUAAUGAACCUGCAGGUCUUUCUGCUCUUCGAGAAGUAACAAGUGCCCCUGCUUGGACUAUCCCAACAUUUGUUAAACUUGUAGAGGGAUUGUCACUUGAUCAACAAGUUCUAUUAUGGCACAUCACUACUGAGCUUUGCUUCCACUGGAAGUCAAACUCUUUACAUCCCCUGCAUCCUCAACAACCAGAGAUUGAAGUAGAGGAUAACAACACAAGAGAAAUGAAGAGAAUCUCCUCAGAGAUGGAAGCUUGCACAUACUUAUCAAACUACAUGAUGCACAUGGUGCUAAUGAGACCAGAGAUGAUGUCUACCAUGGGAGGAGCAAGCCCACUAGUGUUUUGGCAUGCGUGUUAUGAUAUGGUUCAAUUCAUUCGCAAAAAUGAUGGUGAUCAUCACUUGUUAACAUCAAAUGCCAAAGUCGAUCAAAUAUGCAGGAUGAUGAUGACUACUCCCAUAGAGUGGAUUAGAUAUUCAUCUCUAUUUGAGAUAGCACGAGCGCUUGCCCAUAUGGUGCUUAUUAUUGAGGAAGAAGAAAGAUGGCAAGUUGUGACCACUGCUUGGGUGGAGCUUCUAAUGCAAGGAGCAAAAACUACCAGAGCAAGCAUGCAUGUUAAGCAGCUAAGCAAAGGAGGUGAGCUCUUAACUUUCAUUUGGCUUCUCACCAAGCAUGUGGGGAUGGUUGAUUCAUUAGAUAUUGGAGCUUAUAUGACGGGUGGUGCGCUUCAGAUGGCCAUACAACUCUUACCUAUGAUCGAACUUUACUUGCAUAACCAACAAUAAGUAUUAUGUUAUUUGUUCUUCUUAAAAACUUAUGUUUAACAUGGUUAUUGAUUUCAUAACCCAUAUAUUUAAC